ACUUUCGAAGCAAUCGUAAAUCGAUAUUAUCAUAUUAUCGUACAUCGAUUUUAUUUCCACCUCUACCACAAUGGCGCAUACAUCUAGUACCGGCGUUGUGGUGCCACGAAAUUUUCGCUUACUAGAGGAGCUGGAUCAGGGCCAGAAGGGAGUUGGCGAUGGCACCAUUUCAUGGGGCCUUGAGAACGAUGAUGAUAUGACGCUUACCUAUUGGAUUGGCAUGAUCAUUGGUCCGCCUAGAACGCCUUUUGAGAAUCGCAUGUAUUCAUUAAAAAUCGAAUGCGGCGAACGUUAUCCGGAUGAGCCGCCAACGCUCAGAUUUUUAACAAAAGUCAAUAUAAAUUGCAUUAAUCAGAACAACGGGGUGGUUGAUCAUAGAUCCGUGCCCAUGUUGGCCAGAUGGAGUCGUGAGUACACCAUUAAAACGAUGCUUCAGGAAAUACGAAGGAUUAUGACCAUGAAAGAGAACUUGAAAUUGGCACAACCUCCAGAAGGUAGCUGUUUUUAGUUGCCAACAACAGAAAACAACGACAACAGCAACAACAACAAAAGCAGCAACAACAACUUUAAAAACACAACAGCAACAACAGCAGCUGCCGCAACACACUACCUAUUAUAACUACAGCCACAACUAUACAACUAUUACACUUUGCCGAGUGUAAGACGCCCUACAAAAACUCUUCAACGUUGUGUGUAGUUGUCUGCCGGAGAAGGAGAAGGAGAAAGAGAGUUUAUCGCUAGUGGGUUAUAGUACGAGAAGAGAGAGGGAUAUGUUGUAAGAGAGCGCGCAGUAAGCAGCUGCCUUGUUGUUGUUUUUGUUGUAAAUAUAGUAUAUGUAUGUGUGUGUGUUCAACAGCGAGAAAUGCUUUAACAACAACAAGAACUUAUAGAUCGUUGUCCCAUCAGAAAUUGGUUUAUAAAACUUCAGAUGCUACAUAAACUUGCAAGCCAGAUACAGUUACAUUUAUAAUUCUACUCACGCGCAUUUCUCUGCAAUACAAUUAAUUAAAUGUAAUAAAAAGAAAUUUAUAUAAAAACUAAAAAAAAACAUCUUAGGCGUAAAGUAAGUGUGCGCGCAUUGUGGCAAUGAAGCGAAAUUAUUAUUUUGCCCUAAACUAACAAUUUUUUAAUUAUACAUAUGAAAUAUAUAAACAAAUUUGAGAAGAAUUUUGUAGUAAAGCUAAAAACAAUGAACCGAACCGAGGCAAUUGUAACAAUUUAAUUAGUUGUGUUCGUCAUAGUUGGGACUUGAUAAACGAUUAAUAUAAAUAUAAAUAUAGAAACCACUCACACACACACAUUGCAUGCAUACACAUAAACUAAAAACUGAUGAAAGCAGUACAUGUCGGCAGUGCGAUGAAGAAAUGAUUAAAAUAUAUUUUAAUUUAAGCUUCUAAAUAAAACAAUUAAUAAUCCAAUAAAAAAAUGAAAAAGCCAACUAAAAGUGUUUUGAUUUUGGGUGGAAUCAAACUAGUCAGAGAGACUGUUAACAGUGGAGAAUUCUACGAUUAGUAUGGAAGCGGAACUUAAAACUCAUUUACAAACCUUUUUAUCGGGUUUACUUAGUUUUCAAUUGUUUAUUUAAAUACAUAAUUUGAAUUUAUAGAUUUAUACAUAAACAUAUGUAACAUGCUCCAUUUAAUUCAAUUUCUCUAGGCUCUUCAAUUAUCAAUCAAACGCUCUCUCUCUCUCUUACCCCGUGUAUUAAUUAGCGGCUGUCAUGACCUUUGGAUCCUUGCGUCUGUUAGCUGGUUUAAUAUUUGUUCUAAGUUGAAGCGGCGCUCUUUAAAAUUAACUUUGUAUAUUAUUGUUGUUGUUGUGUGUGUGUGUGUUUGUGUGUGAACGAACAUUUGUUUUGGUUGUUAUGCUUUAGGCUUAAAAUUGAUUUAUUUCUUGUUUGUUUUUUUUUUAUUAGUCGCAAGGUGGCACGCCAAAUCAAGUUCUAACAA